AUGGUCAUAUCUAUCUAUUUAGCUAUCUAUCUAUCACUGCAUAUUUACGUUACUCUGUUCAUAUCUAUCUAUCUAUCUAUCUAUCUAUCUAUCUAUCUAUCUAUCAAAAUAUUGAGAUUAUUGGAUGCAAUCUUACUGGCCAUUAUUCUUUCACCCGAGACGACAGACGAAACUAACCCUCAUAUUAUAUUUAGAUUUAGAUCUAUCUGUCUAUCUAUCUAUUCACAGCCUAUCGAUAAUAUCCUUGUUGCCCCUAUUCAUCUAUCUAUCUAUCUAUCUAUCUAUCUAUCUAUCUAUCUAUCUAUCUAUCUAUCUAUCAUAGUCUGCUCAUACCUAUCAUUGUCUGCUCUGAUCUAUCUAUCUAUCAUUGUCUUCUCAUAUCUAUCUAUCUAUCUAUCUAUCUAUCUAUCAAUCAUAGUCUGCUCAUAUCUGUCUGUCUAUCUAUCUAUCUAUCUAUCUAUCUAUCUAUCUAUCAUAGUCUGCUCAUAUCUAUCUAUCUAUCUAUCUAUCUAUCUAUCUAUCUAUCUAUCUAUCUAUCUAUCGUAUGUUUUUAUCACCGCCUUUUCUUUCUUUCUUUCUUUCUUUCUUUCUUUCUUCUUUUUCAUCCAUUUAUCCCCCAAAUGCCACUAUCACGCUGGGGGGUUACAGAGAUUGAAGAAGUUUUUUUUUGCAUCUCUCUUUAUUUUCCCCUCUUCAUUCUUGCAUUCUUUCUUUCUUUCUUUCUUUCUUUCUUUCUUUCUUAUACGAAAUAGGCUUCUUGUAUUAUUGAAGGUCUAUUUCUUCGUCAUUUCUUUCUUUAUUCCCUCACCCCCCGCCCCCACUUAA